UAGGGAAUUUAGAAGCUCAAACGCUCUAAUAUCUAGAAUAUUGAUAGAAGCGUGUACUUUCAGGUUUAUACAGGUACAGAAUGGGGGAUAUUCUCCUGGUGACAGGUUUUCACAAUAUCACUCCCCAAUUCAAAUUUGUACAAAGGAGAAAUGUGGUUUUGAGCAUUGACACAGACAAAACAACUGAACAAGUCCUCCAGAAUGCAGUUACAAUUGCAAUGCAUCUCCUUGAACCACUUGGGUUCUUUCUUUUGGAUUACAGUAGCUAUGCUGAUACAUCCUCUAUUCCUGGUCACUAUGUACUCUUUUGGGAGCUUCAACUGAGAUCCAAUGAUGACUUUCCUGUACUUGAUCAGGUUAAAAUGGAAAAGUACUGUAGUUUAGUGGAACAAUCUUUGGAUCUGCAAUAUAAGAUGCUGAGGAAUCAGAGCAACACCAUUGGCCCUUUGGAAGUAAGAGUUGUCAAACAAGGUUCAUUCAAUGUGCUCAUGGACUUUUAUGUUUCUCAAGGAACUUCUUUAAACCAGUACAAGACACCUAAGAACAUAAAGUCUGAGAAAGCCAUUGAAAUUCUGGACUCCAGAGUAGUGGGAAAAUUUUACAGCAGAGAAGUGCCUAAUCAAGACUCGUAGCCUGUGGUCUUCAAGAAUCUUUUUGCAUAUUUCAUCCUUGGUCAUAUACCUUGUCUUGCAAUGUCGAAAUGUAAAAGUACUUCACCAUUGUAUGGACGUAUUUGUUUUCUACAUUUUUCAGUUUGUUUGUGAAGCUUGGUGGAUGAGGAUAGUAUCUGAAACUCUUGUACUCAUCAAAUUGAGGGUAAUGCUAUUAUAGUAGCAAAA